AUGUCUGCGCUGGCUGAACCCGGAAAUGGGGCUCCUAUUUUCAAGGCCGUGUCUAGUUCUGCACGGCAGCUAUUCCAAUUACUGAACUGCAUACGUUUUUCACCGAAAGCACAAGUCCAGAUUAGCAACGAGGGUCUACGCUUCUCGGUAGAAGAAUCCCGGGUUAUGCAGGGAAUUGUCUUCCUGGAUAAAGCUCUCUUCACCACUUUCAACUGUACUCUACCUGAAGCAGAACCUCCCGAAGACGAUCAAGAUCAGGACCCUGUGGCCCCAGACCUACCGAUUUUCACAAUAUCUCUUGCAGCUCUCCUCGAAACGCUGCAGAUCUUUGGUGCUGCAGACGCUGCAGGAAGUAGAUUUUCAAAGUCAGACAACGACGGCUAUGGUAGCAACAUUCGUCGGGAUAGGCCAAACGCAUUCAGUAAUCAGGCUCUCGGAGCCGCUGGUAUCUGUCGAUUGUCCUACUAUGGAGUUGGAGAGCCUUUCAGCAUAAUACUCGAGGAAUCUGGAGUCACAACAACUUGCAAUCUAAACACGUAUGAACCAGAAAGUCCUGAGGAGAUACCUUUGGAUCGAAGUGCCAUACAAGUGAAAAUAAUUAUGCAGGCCCGCUGGCUCUUUGAUGCCGUCGCAGAGCUCUCGUCUACUUCGCCUUCUCGCCUCGACAUAACCGCUUUUCCUUCAGCACCGUAUUUGAGUCUUUCAGCUUCCGGCCAUCUAGGAAGCGCCACUGUUGAAUUUUCCAAAGGCCGUGAACUUCUUGAAACAUUCACAGUUGCAGAAAAAUGGACUCAAAGCUACAAGUUCGAUAUGGUCAAGGCAGCAGCUGAUGCCAUGAGACUAGCCAGUAAAGUUAGCUUCAGAGGUGACGAGCAAGGUGUUUUGAGCAUGCAGUUUAUGGUCGAGGUCGAAGGAGGCAGCAUCAGCUUUGUUGAUUUCAGGCUUGUACCAUUCAUUCGCGAAGAAGACGAUGAAGAUGACGAAGAUGAGUAUGAGGAAUCACAAGAAUCCGAAUCCAAUCAAGACCAAAAUUAG